AUGAAGAUUUUGCUUGUGAAUCCAAACAGCUCGGCAAACGUAUCUCAUAAUAUGAGAGCUGUUUUGUCUCCACCAGAUGGGGUUGAGUUGGAAACCUAUACUGCUCCAGAGUCGGCUCCUCGCGAGAUCACUGGUGUUGAAACGUCGAAAACUUCCGAGUCAAUUGUGUUGGAUGAUAUCAAAAAGCGCAAUAUUGCUGACAACUACGAUGGGUUCGUAGUUUGCUGCUAUUCAGACCACCCAUUGAUACGCAGUUUAGCGGCUUUGAGUGGCAAACCAGUCAUCGGAAUCAUGCAAGCGACACUCUUGUAUGCCCUUCUGAAUGCAAAUCUACAAAAACUGUUUAUUCUUACGAGCACCAGUGGAUGGGAACCAAUACUAGAUAAGGGAAUAGUGGACUUCAUGGGUGUAGAUAAGUUUCCAGCUAAGAAAUUUCAACGAACCAUCGGCUUGGACAUUGCUGUAACUAACCUAGCAAACGAAGAGGAGUACGGCAAGAUAAGAAUUAAGGUUGCCGACAUAUUAAACGAAAAGUAUAAAGACGAUGAAAUCAACUGCGUUUUGUUGGGAUGUGCCGGUAUGGCUGGUUUAAGUGCAAAAUUGGCUGCAGACUUUCCUGGUGUUUUGUUUGUCGACAGUGUUGAGAUUGCCUUAGAGUUUAUAGUUGGACUUGUACGAUUCUCAAAGCUCAAGUAG